UUCUGGGCGGCCCAUUCCGAAAUUCCGAGAGUCCAAAAGAGGCGGCGGCGGCGAUCCACACAUCUCGAGGCGCGGUGGCCAACCACUCCCCAUCCCUUCGUCGCCGCCGCGUCGUGCCGUGGGAAGCGGACGCCACCGCCAUGGGAGCGCUCGAGGAGGCCCACCUCGCCGCCGCCGUGGCCGCCGCGUGCGCGUGCGAGGAGGAGGAGGAGGAUGACCUCGAGCUGCUUGCCGCCGACGGCGAGGCGGCGUCGGCGUGGGACGACGACGCCAUGGAGCCGGCGGUGCGCGCGCUGCUGGUGGGGCUCGGCGAGGACGAGCGCCGCGAGGGGCUGCGCCGGACGCCCAAGCGCGUCGCCAAGGCCUUCCGCGACGGCACCCGAGCUGAUGAAAAUCCAACCUUUUUGUUGGAAUAAUAAAUCUUUCUUCUGCGAUUUACCAUUCUUCACAUGUUACAGGCAAAAAGUAAAGGACAUUGUGCAGGGUGCUCUGUUUCCAGAGGUUGGUGUCGACAAAAGGGCUGGCUCUGCUGGUGGAACUGGAGGGCAAGUUGUUGUUCGAGAUAUUGAACUUUUUUCGUACUGUGAGUCAUGCUUGCUUCCAUUCAGCAUACAAUGCCAUGUUGGAUAUAUGCCCUCCGGUGGAAGGGUGGUUGGGUUAAGCAAGCUUUCUAGAGUAUCUGACGUCUUUGCCAAGAGGUUGCAAAACCCUCAAAGACUAGCUAAUGAAAUCUGUGGUGCACUGCAUGCUAGCAUUCAACCUGCUGGUGUGGCUGUUGCUCUGCAGUGCUGGCACAUUCCUUUGCCAGAAAACUUGGAAUGCAAGACUUUGCAAGGUUGGAUCAGAACUUCACAUUCAUCUCGCUCUGGAGUUUUUGAGGGUGAGAACAACACUUUUUGGAAUGACUUCGUGGCUCUUCUUAAGCUUAGGGGCGUUGACAUGGAGAUGGACAGCCAUUCUGCCUCUCUAUCUUGGUGCCCCUUGAGGUCUCAUGAGGUCCCGUUCUCUAAUGGGCACUGCAAGAAGAGCACAGCCAAUGGCUCAAUUUUGCCCAAAUCAGUACCGACUCCCUCUAACAUGGUUUCUGCUGUUAGCUCAAUGCUCCUAUCCCUUGGUGAGGACCCGCUCAGGAAAGAACUUUUAGGCACUCCUCAGCGUUACGUUCAGUGGCUAAUGAAGUUCAGAGCAUGUAAUCUACAAGUAAAUCUGAAUGGCUUUACACUUAAUAAUGUUAGUGUAUAUGAUAGGCCAGAUGGAGACGCGGCUGAUCACCGGACAAUCCGUUCUGAGCUGCAUUUGCCAUUUUGUGCUCAAUGUGAGCACCAUCUUCUGCCCUUCUAUGGAGUAGUGCACAUUGGGUACUUUGACAAUGGAAGCGGAGAAGGCAUUGAUCGGUCACAUUUUCAGGCCUUGGUUCAUUUCUAUGGAUGCAAGCUUCAAGUUCAAGAAAGGAUGACAAGGCAGAUAGCUGAAGCAGUUUAUUCUGCUUCACACAAUGGGGCCAUAGUUGUUGUGGAGGCCAAUCACAUUUGCAUGAUAUCAAGGGGAAUAGAGAAAAUCAGGAGCAACACCGCAACAAUUGCAGUUUUGGGCCAGUUCUUGACCGACCCUUCUGCCAAGGCAUGCUUCUUACAGAACGUUUUAGACACAGCUGAUUCGGUGGUAUGAAUCUCAUCAACAAAGGAUACGUGAUAUUUAAUUCCUUGUUGUCAUUUCAGAAAAGCACUGAAAGAAAAUUUAUAUGGUUGGGAGUUAUUACUAUCCAGUAAUGGCAAUGUUUGCCAAUCUACUGGUCUUUUGUGAUUCCAUAGAAAACUCACGUUGCUUGAUUGCUGCAAUUUUUUGUCGCCUGGAAGAUUGUACCAAGGAUAUCACAGGAAGCGCCAAAAGGGUUUUUGGUUCUCUCGUGUUGUACCAUGACAUUUAUAUGGCACAUCAAAUAAAUAGUAAUAGUUGCAGCUGUGCCGAGAAAGAUAAACACUCAGAUAUGUUUCAAAUGUUGUCAAAUUGCCAUAUGUUCUUGCAAUUUUGGAGAUAAAUUCAGUUUUGUUGUAGUAUUGAAUUUGCAGCUGUGCCAAGAAAUAUAGUUACUCGGAUAUGUUUUGAUGGU